CUUCAGUGGCUGAAAAAUUACUGUGAGCACUGUGACGAGAGUGCAGGCACCAGUGUUAGAGCCUGCGGUAUACGGGAGAACUACCAGCCGGCGACUGCGAUGUCUGUGCCAUGCUGGUAGAAACUCUAAUGAAGAUGUGAGACAGAAACGGCUGUGAUGUGCUGGAAGGGCCAGUGGCUGGUGGAUGAGGAAGAGGAGGAACCCAGACUUCAGACCUGCUGGGAGGUUUCUGAAGGAGGCAGCAACACGUGGAGCAGGAAGCUGGAGUGAACCCAGGCUGUCUGGGCUUCCAGAAGGCUUUUGAUCGAGUCCCUUAUGAAAGCCAUCAAAGCAGCCAGGCUGCUGCAGGAUAAGAGGGAAAUGCCUGCCGGGGACGAGCGAAGGUCAUGACUGGAAGUGUUCAGGCUGUAACUGGGAAAGUGGGCGGUGGUGAGCUGCGGAGGGGCAUGGUGAAGCAGAAAUACGAAGUGGGAAGGAGGGAUCGCUGCUGGUGAUGGCUGCUGACCCGCUGUGGUCUUGCAGCUUGGAUGUGGCUGCUGCUGAGGGAGAUGCCUGUUCUGCGCUGGUGGGGCGGGAUGGGGGAGCCCCUGCGGAGCGGGACUGCCCGUCACGGCAAGCUGCCGCACGCUACGUAUGGGACGGUGCCAGGAUGUGCUCACGGGGAGGCACCGGCCCUGGUUUGUGUUUGUGCUCUCCCCGAGCUGUCCUGACGCUUCCCUCUGUCUCACCUCCCCCCCACCUGCGUCUCCUGCCGUGGGGCUUGGACCCUCUCCCCCGUCGGGGCUAAAGCUCCCCAGAUGUCUCCCCGGGUGUCAGGCCACCAGGGCCCUUCCCGUGGUGCAGACCCAGGGUGUUCCCAAAGGGCUUCCCCGCUCCACAGCUCCGUCCGUAGCGCCCACAAUUCGUACGUCUGCUGCGUCUUUCCCCCCCACCGCAGGACCCACGUCCUCUCCCCGGCCCCUGCGCUCCCCAGUUACUGUUUGACAGAGGAAGGCUUGACCCUGCCCUGUUUCCUGGCAGCCCGCAUUUUUCCGGCUGAGGAGGCAGGAGAGGUGGCUUGUGGCACUUUGUUUAAAGGGCUGGAGCAGUUGCGGCCGCAGCCUGCGAGGGUCACCCACCCCCCGGGGCGUAAAGGACCUGACGGUGGGGUCGUACGAUUCUGUAAUAUACAAGGAUGCGGAGGCUUUGUUUCCGUGAAUUUCUUUGUUACAAGUUACUAUUAGUAAGUACAGUUCAUUAAGCUGCUCCUGGGAGUGAGGUCAGUCGGUGACGGAUGAAGUCUCUCUUUGGAGAUGAUCCGUGUCACAGAGCCUGGAAUCAGCCAGGCGUCCCCGGUGGCUCCGAAGGAUUGUGCAGAGAAGUUCACGCAGAGGGAGCUCUCGGAGGGAGAGGGGCUCGUUUUGGGUUAUGGCAGUUUCUUUGCUUUGGGCGUGUGGAGGAUGCCCUGGGCUCCAGCUGCGCUCCUCCAGGGCCUUGCAGUCUCCCACCUGCGCCUGCCGACGCCUGGCAGACGAUUUCUCUCCAGCAUCCAUGCCAAAGCAGGAGCCAAAGGCUCUGCUCGGGUCCUCGGUGCUUGGCUGGGGAACGUCCACCACCUCAUCUGCCACCGUGGCAGCUUCCUGCCCAGGUGCUCGUUGCUCACCCCCCUGCUCCAGGGUUGUCUGGAAACGUGGCUGGAGGGGAGGGACCUCCCCGGGCACAGCGUGAGUGUACCCGGUCCCUUCCGGCAGGCAGCAGCUCGGCAGAGCUCUGUUUCCCAGCCUGAGAGACGCCACGACACCCAGGGCUUUCCCCGCGCCGCCCCGAGAGCUGCCCGGCUGCUGAGCCGUACGUGCCGAGAAGCCCCAGGUGAGGGAUGCCCUAGAAUCGUGUCCGGGACGCGCCGCCCGCGGGCUGUGCCCCCACAGGGGACAGCCAUGGCUGGCUCAGCCCUGGGAGCCAUCCUCGCUGUGCUGGCCUCGCUCAUCAUCACCGCCAACACGGUGGUGGCCAUCGCUCUCCUUCGCCUCAUCUAUAAGAGCGGCUCCAAGGGGCUCUAUUUUGUCCUCAAUCUCGCCGUCGCAGAUGCCAUGGUUGGCUUCACGGUCACGGGUCUGGUCAUGGAUGAGUUUUCCCAGCCCUUUUAUCCUCCCCAGAUCUUCUGCGUCCUGAGAAUGGCUUUCGUGACCUCCUCUUCUGCUGCCUCUAUCCUGUCCCUCCUUCUGGUUGCGUGCGACAGGCACCUGGCAAUCAGGAAGCCUUUCCACUACUUCCAGAUGGUGACGGGCCUGCGGGUCGGGGUGCGCUUGGUGGGGCUCUGGCUGGUUGCUGCCACCAUCGGCUUCCUCCCGGUCCUCGCUCCGGCCUUUCAGCAGACCUCCGACCAUGAGAAGUGCUCCUUCUUCAGCGUCUUCCACCCUGCCUACAUGCUCUCCGUCUUCUGCGCCGGCUUCUUCCCAGCGCUCUUUCUCUUCAUUUAUCUCUACUGCGACAUGCUGAAAAUUGCCUCUGUGCACGCGCAGCACAUCCGGGAAGUGGAGCACGCAGGGCUGGCGGGGGGCUGCCCCCCGUCCCGCAACACCAGCGACAUGAAGGCCAUGCGCACCGUCGCCAUCCUCAUCGGCUGCUUCACGCUGUCCUGGCUGCCGUUCUUCAUCGCCAGCAUCGCGCAAACCGUCUGUCCUGGCUGCUUCCCCUACAAAGUCAUUGAGAACUACCUCUGGCUGCUGGGACUCUGCAACUCCCUCCUGAACCCCCUGCUCUACUCCUGCUGGCAGAAGGACGUGCGGCUGCAGCUCUCCCAGCUGGCUGCAGGUGUGAAGAGGAGAGUCCUCUUUUGCCUGGGGAAUGGCCGCCGAUUCCCUGGCAGAGGCACCAAGCCCCUCCCCAGUGUGUCCUGCCUGCGGCUCCAGGACUGACACGGUAAGGGACGGCUGUCACCGGCUUUCCAGAUCAUCUCCUGCAUCGCGACCAUGAACUCGGGGCCUGCCAGCUAUGGAGGAGAUCAUGGACGGGGUGGGACCGAUCCGGACGCUAAUUCCCAGACAUCAGCUUGGCCAAAUUCCAGCCUGCCUGCACCCCCAUGGCCCGUUUUGCACCAGCCAAAUUACAGGUGCAGGGCACGCGUUAGAUUUUGCCUGGAGAGCCUCAGCCUUGCGUCUCCUGGGACCAAGCCCUCAGCAUUCGCUCCACGGGCUAAAGACCCUUCACCCAUGGCUCCCCCUGCCCAGAGCUGGAUCUGCCGGCCCCCCCCUCUGCCUGCAGCCUCAGCUCUUGGGGGUCGAGGCCCCUGCGCAGGGCUGCUGGCACAGGGGUGGCUCUGUCACCUUCGGCUCUCGGCCCGGGCAGCGGAGGCUGGGAUGUGCACGCGGGUCCCACAUCUGUCCUGGACCGCGAGCGCUGCCAGUUGCUGCCCUUCCCAAACCGAACUCGCCAUCCUACAGCUGCAGCCUGCGCCACCCCCAAGCCUGUCCCCUGCUGCAGUCAAACCUGCAGCCGGGGAGGGUGGCCCCCGCUCUGGGCUGUGCCCACCCGGGCAGAGGCGAGGGCUGGGGGUCUGGGCUCCCUCCCGCCGUCCCUCGGCAGCAGCUGUAUCCGCAGCGGGGCCGGCAGGGCCAGCGCGGAGCAGGCGGCACGCCCGGGAGAGGUGCGGGGCAGCACGGGCUGUGCUGUCGCUGUUUGGCUUGGGCUGUAAAGCCAGUUAAUGAGUAACCGGCUGGACGCUGAGCUGCGGCAAAGGAGCGGGAGGAACGGCUGCCUGGAGCAGCAGGAGGGCUGCCUUGUCCCCGGGGGGCGGCAGGGCUGGGUUUGGGACUGCAAGGGUCCCUGCACAUGGAUUCAUCCCAUAGGAACGCUUCUGCAUGGCCCUGCCAUGCUGCAGCGGUGACCAGGCUGCUCACCCUGCCAGAGGCUAUGAUGAUAUUUAAUUGCUUCUCAUAAAAUCACGUCCAUUUGAUCAGCGUGGCAAGAUAAUUUCCCUUAAAAGUUUUUUUAGCUAAGAACGCACCCUAAUCUCAAAAUGAGGGUGCUAUGCAUAAAAGAGCAGCUGUUUCCACCUCUGUCGUUUGCCCCACCGUAGACAUGACGGCUCAAGGCCAUAUCCAGCAUGAAUCCAGAACCCGCCUUGGGCCUGAGGCCUUCCCCAACCUAGAGGAAGAGGCAAAAAUAAAAGCUCCUUUUAAAAAAAAAAAAAAAAAAAAAAGCUAAACAACAGUCCGCGUGGCAUUCACCGUGCCUGGGAAAGGCCUGAGGCCAGGUAUCACGCGGCAGCUGCUGUUCCUGGCUGUAGGACACGGAGCGAGCCUGAGAGGAGGCUCCGCGGAGCGGUGCUGGCUCCGUGGGUGGACUGAUGCCGCGCGGGUGGAUCCAGCCUGACUCAGCUCCGGGGAUCCGCACAUCGUCUGUCUGCACCACGCGCUUGCUGCCUACUCUGGGAGAAGCCUGAGCUCUGCCGGCUGUUGCUUUGCAGAGCCGCCCCAUCCUCGCUGAGCCUCCGGUAAUGCCGAAGCCAUCCUCCGCCUCCCUCCGACAGCCUUCUCGGGGUGCCCACUGCCAACAGGGACGCUUUGCACGUGGGCUUCUGACUGCUCCCCGGGGCCAGCCCUCGGCAGCGCCUGUGCCGGGGCACAGAACCGGCCGAGGACUGCGGAUCUGGGACGGGACGCUGUGGGGAGCAUCAGGAGCCCCGGCUGGGCAGGCCUGCAGUGACGGCGGCGUCCCCAUCCACAGCUGGGAUGGUGGCUCGGGCGGCUGCCUCGGUGCCGGGGAGAGACGGGGUCUGGGUGGGAGAGGAGGCACUUCUGCCAGGCUCUUGUGCAGAUGGAGGACUUGGUGCAGCUCCCAGGGGCUCUGCAGUGGUGUCUCCUCUCUCCGAGCCCUGGGCUGGAGGAGCCGGGGCUCCGUUCCUGGGAGACCCCUCCAGAUCCUGCCGGGACCAGUAGCCAUUCCCUAUGGGACCAUGCCUGCCGCCAUCUCCUCUCCCAGCCCCGCGGGGGCUCUGUGGGUCCGGAGCAUUGCCCCGACGCUGUGGGGCGGCCAGAGGAGGGUGGGCGCCUCCGAGGCCAUGGCGUGAGGAGGGACGGAGUGGAAGGGACAGACAGAGAGCGCUUCCCCUGCUUGCUGUCCCUCAGCUCAAUAAACUGCGUUU